AUGAUCGCAAAGACUCAAGCCAUCGUGGCUCGCGAGCCCACUGAACCCUUGAAGCCGAACUGGGCAAUGGAGGAAGUGACGCUGGGUGGAUUUGGAGACGAUGAAAUGCUUGUAGACAUGAUUGCCACCGGAAUUUGUCACACGGACAUUGUUCUAUCAUCCGUCCCUGCCGGUGCAAUUGGUAUUGCGUAUCCCAAGAUAGUAGGGCAUGAGGGUAUUCGAAAUCCUGUCGGAGUUGAGCUCGCCAGCAUAGUCCGAGAGAUUGGCAAGAAUGUCAAGACCGUGCAGCCAGGAGACCCAAUCUUGCUAUCUUUUUAUUCCUGUAGAACAUGCGAGCAAUGUCGAACGGAGCACCCCGCAUAUUGCGAUCAGUUUGCCAAGGGGAAUUACAUUGGUCGCCAGGACACCAUGGAAACAGCCUCCGAUAGUCAGCCCGUCUGGUCCCAAUUUUUUGGGCAGUCUAGCUUUGCGCAAACUACCGUUGCCAGUGAAGCAUCUGUUGUCAACGUCAAGAAUCUCAUUAAAAAUCUGGAUGAGUUGAAACUCUUGGCCCCGCUUGGUUGUGGAUUUCAAACUGGCAUGGGAGCAAUUCAGAACAUUGGUCUGGCCACCCCAAAUGAUGUGGUUUUGAUCACCGGUCUUGGAGCUGUUGGGAUGGGAGCCAUCAUGACAGCAAAAAUCUUGAAAUGCAAGUCAAUAAUCGCAGUCGAUCGCGUCAAGUCUAGACUUGAAAUAGCAAAGUCGCUAGGUGCAACCCACAUUAUUGAUACCAGUGAUUCGGCAUUCACGACUCUCUAUGAGGCCGUACGGCGAUUGAUUCCCUUGGGAGCCUCUGUUGCAAUAGAAACAACUGGAGUCCCUACUAUCAUUGAGCAAAGCGUCCAAGCAACAACUCCGCGUGGGAGAUUUAUUCAGAUUGGGGUCCCGCCACUACAAUAUGAGCUGAGUGUGAAUCUCACUCAACAUAUCAAUAGCGGCCGGUCUAUAAUGGGUUGCAUUGAAGGAGACUGUGUUCCUGAGAAUGCAAUUCCACAAAUGAUUGAUUGGUAUCGAAGCGGAAAUUUCCCUAUUGAUAAGCUAGUUGAAUAUUUCGAUGCCACGGAUUACGAACACGCCCUUAGGAAAUUGAAAAACGGCGAAACUAUCAAACCAGUUCUGAUUUGGGAACAAAGUUGA